AAAAAAAGUUGCAAUUAGCAAAGGAAAAAAUGGAAAAAUAGUUUAUUUCUUGACAAUCAAAACUACUCUCUUUCCCUUCUAACAUUUUUACAUCACAAAAUCAACUCUCCCUCAAAGUAAAUAGAUGGCUAGAGGUUCAUCACAAUCUCAAACCACUACCGGUUCCACCAAUUCCCGACCCGGUCCACUCGGCGCCGUCCCUCGUGGCUCCCCUGCCGCUACUGCCGGCUUGCGACGCCGCCGUCUCACCACCGGAUCAUCCACAGCCACCACCGGUGGUGGUGGUAAUAGCGGCAACAACAUGCUUAGAUUCUACACUGAUGACGCUCCCGGCCUUAAGAUCUCACCGACAGUGGUCCUCGUGAUGAGUGUGGUGUUUAUCGGUUUCGUCACCGCUCUUCAUGUUUUCGGUAAACUAUAUCGCCGUUCCUCUACUGUUUGAAGCUUAUAUAGAAUCUGUACGGAUCUGUGUAUUACUCUCUUCACUUUUUAUCAUCUGUAUGAUAUAAACCCUAGUUUUCCCUCUGCUGUGUAAAUUUGUUAUAACGUUCAAAUAUCAACAGUCUUAUGUUUCAACAA